GAGGGGGGGUCGGCUGAGGAGAAAUGGCGGGAAGGGAGAGGGGGAAAGUCCGCUCCCCGUUAUCAGCCUCCGGGUCGCCGAGGGGAGACCGAAGGUCGCCGGCAAGGAGAAGGGGGGGAAGACACGCUCCGCUCGCCCUCCAGCCCCCCAAAACCCCCAGGAGGGCCCCCACCCCCCAUAGAGGAGCGGCCACGGAGAACCGCCCCCCGCGUCGCCCGUCGGGAAGGGGGGAGCGAAUAAACACCCGCACGCCCCCCCCAAAAAUAACAACCUUACGGCGACAAACAACAACAACAAACAGCCGGGCGGCAUGAAGGAGGGAGCCCGGCAGCGGGGUACGCCCCUGGGAAAAGAGGAACCCCCCCUGAAAGGAGAUGGAGGAGGAGGAGGAGGAGGAGGAGGAGGGGGGGGCGAUGAUGGCGGCGGCGUGGCCUUGAAGAAGGAGAUCGGGCUGCUCAGCGCCUGCGGCAUCAUCGUGGGUAACAUCAUCGGCUCGGGUAUCUUCGUCUCCCCGAAAGGGGUGCUGGAAAAUUCGGGGUGCCUGGGCCUGGCCCUGCUGGUUUGGGGGGCGACGGGGGCCGUGACGGCCGUGGGGGCCCUCUGCUACGCCGAACUCGGCGUCACCAUCCCGCGCUCCGGCGGCGACUACGCUUACGUCACCGAGAUCUUCGGGGGGCUGGCGGGGUUUCUGCGGCUGUGGAUCGCGGUGUUGGUGAUCUACCCCACCAACCAAGCCGUCAUCGCCCUCACCUUCGCCAACUACGUCCUGCACCCGCUGUUCCCCUCCUGCCCCGUCCCCGAAACGGGGUUACGGCUCCUGGCGGCCGCCUGUCUGCUGCUGCUGACGUGGGUGAACUGCGCCAGCGUGCGUUGGGCCACCCGCGUGCAGGACGUCUUCACCGCCGGCAAGCUGCUGGCGCUCGCCCUCAUCAUCGGCACCGGCAUCUUUCAGAUCUGCAGGGGCGAAUCCUAUUGGCUGUCCCCGGAACAGGCCUUCUCCUUCUGGGAGCCUGCCACGGCCGGGGGGGUGGCGCUGGCCUUUCUGCAGGGCUCCUUCGCCUACGGCGGCUGGAACUUCCUCAACUACGUCACCGAGGAGCUGGUGGAUCCCUACCGGAACUUACCCCGCGCCAUCUUCAUCUCCAUCCCCCUCGUCACCUUCGUCUACGUCUUCGCCAACGUGGCCUACGUCACCGCCAUGUCGCCCCGCGAGCUGCUCGAGUCCAACGCCGUCGCCGUGACUUUUGGGGAGAAGGUGCUGGGCGCCGUGAGCUGGGUGAUGCCGCUGGCCGUCGCCCUCUCCACCUUCGGCGGCGUCAACGGCUCCCUCUUCACCUGCUCACGGCUGUUCUACGCGGGGGCGCGCGAGGGCCACCUGCCGGCGCUGCUGGCCAUGAUCCACCUGGAGCGGCGCACCCCCAUCCCCGCCCUGCUCGUCACCUGCGUCUCCACCCUGCUGAUGCUGGUGACGGGCGACAUCUACACGCUCAUUAACUACGUGGGCUUCGUUAAUUACCUCUGGUACGGCGUCACCGUCGCCGGGCUGGUGGUGCUCAGGUGGAGGCAGCCCGACAGGCCACGCCCCAUCCGGGUGAGCCUGCUGUUCCCCGGCGUGUACCUGCUGUUCUGGGCCGCCCUCCUGCUCUUCUCGCUCUGGUCGGAGCCGCUGGUCUGCGGCAUCGGGCUGGGCAUCAUGGCCACCGGCGCCCCGCUCUACCUGCUGGGGCUGCGGGGGGGACCCCGGCCCCCCGCCCUGCGCAGGGCCCUGGACGCCAUGACACGCUUCGGCCAGCGCCUCUGCCUGGUGGUUUACCCCCUCGCCGACGGCGACUCCUCCGCGCCCCACGGCGACGCUGCGCCCCACGGCGACCAGCAGCAGCCCCUCACCUCCCAGCCCCACAACUGAACCUUCCCCCCCCCCCCCGCCCUAGCUCCAGCCCCACACCUGAGCCCCGUGGGGCUGCCCCCCAUCUCCCCCCCCCCACACACACCCCCCCUUCCCGGUGCCUUUACCCUGCCCCACGGCCUCCCCAUAGCGUGGCCGCCGCAGUGCCUUAACCCCAGCCCCGCCGUGGGGCUGCCCCACGGAGCCGGCCCCUGCGGAGGAGGGAGGGGCCCGGUGGGGGCGGGGCUUCUGUGGAAGCCCCGCCCCCACCGCCUGACCCCGCCCACUGCUCGCCCCGCCCCCGAGCUGCGGCUUCUCCAGGUCCGUGGCCCCGCCCCCUGACGUCGCCGGCUCCGCCCCCGCCUCAGCCCCGCCCACCCGGACACUCGGGCCCCGCCCCACAAACGGGACCCGGAUGUCUGGGCCCCGCCCCCCCGGAAAAUGGGGGGGGGUGGGGGGGAGAGAUCACGUGGUGUGGCCCCACCCUUUUGUUUUUAUCGUAGGUCCUACGUCAUCAGUGGGGGAGGGGCGUCGUUGGGGGGGAGGGGGGAGGGGCUGUAUUUGUAGGUCCUACGUCAAUAAAGGUCCUUGCA